AUGGCCGAGCUUCCCUCUUCGCCUCCUAGUGAGGCUGCUAGUGCCGGGGAUGCUCUUUCUUGGUACAAGUCGCAGUACGAGAUGUUGGAAUCUGAGUUGGCAGAGUUUCGGGAGUCGAGUCGCGAGCUUGAACAAGAGCUGGAGAAGGAUAUUGAAAGGGCGGAGAAACAGGAGCGACAGUUGCAAGAAAAGGUCGAGACGUUGGGUUUUGAGGUUGAGGAAUGGAAGAGAAAAUACAAGGAGUCCAAGACCGAAGCGAGCGCUGCGCAAAACGCGCUGGAAAAAGAGAUUACAGCCCUUCGAGAUUCGAACAGAUCGUUUCAGCUGAAGCUGAGGGAUAUGGAAGUAGCCAAUGAUGAUUUCGAACGCCAGGCUCGCAACACUACGUCGUCCCUCGAGGACAUGGAGUCCAAGUACAACCAGGCCAUUGAAAGGGGUGUGAUGAUGGAGGAGGAGAUCAGGUCCGGCGAAAAAGAACGAGAGACGCUUCGCAUCGAAUCACAGCGGCUUCGGGAGGAGCUUGCUGAGCUCAAGAUUGAGGCUGAAUUGCUUCAGCACAAGCUGAAGAAACAGGAGAAUCGGCACUUUUCCUCCAUCUCGACUGACCUGUCCGUGAUGGGCUCACCCACCUUUGACAAGCACGUCGAGACCUCUCCAAACUCCACUGCCAGCUCCCCGCUCAUCACCACACCACCGGAGACCAGAGGACUUUCUGCCGACGGGCCGCUCUCGGAAGCACAUGAGCCACCGUCGCCACCCAUGUCCGACGCCUCUGCCCCCUUGGUCAAGGCCAGCACGUCUGCUCGGCCGGUUGGGGUCCCGACGCGCAAGUCUCGACUGCCAUCCUUGGACAACAGCAUUGCCACCAAGUGUCGCGUCAAGUCGGCCAGUGCACGUCAAGGCAGUCGCUUGUCAGGAGGAUCGUCAAGCCUCCGAACACCAAUGACACGAUCGACAACCAACCCCGCCUCGGCGAAACACAAAGUUUCAGCAUCCAACUCGCUCACACAUAUUCGCUCACUUACUGCUCAAAUGCAGCGUCUCGAGGCUAGGGUGCAGCAUGCGCGGUCAAAGCUUCCCGCACCGGCACACACGCCUCCCCGCGUGUCCCCUAGGUUGGCAGCGCACGGAGUUCCGUCAACGGUUACGAUCCGGUCUCGGAAGCGAGCCGUGGGGUCAUCUACUUCAUCCCUUGCCGGGGACGAAACCACGCCUACCAACUUCCGAUGCUCGACGUCUUCCAAACCCAGCCAUGUUCCGCGGCUCAGCACGUCUGGAAUCAGCCGGCUGUCGUUUGGUCCUCUCCCGAACCGAGCACCAGAAUCAGAGGCCAGCCAAAGCCGACCAAGCUCCCGAGCUAGUGUAUCAUCAUAUGCCAGACCUUCAUCUAGAACUGACAUGGUGGCCCCGCGUCUUCCCGUGUCGCGAACGUCUGUAUCUGGCGCAAGAACACCUUUAGGACGACCUAGAUCAUCUAUCGGCGGCUCGUUGCACAGCCACUCGGCCAGCAUGACCCGGAUCGAUAUGGAAGAAGACUAUGAAGGCGAGUUCCGCACGCCUAGCCGCCGCGGCACCUGCUCCAAGCUCGAGCUGGAAGGCGCUGUCAGCGGCAUCCCUGUACCAGGAAGCGCAAUUCCCACACCAAGCACCAGAAGACAGAGUGGCAGCGGGCCAACGGCCGGCAGGCGAACUAGCACAGGUGCCGGAACCAGCCGGCCAGGGACCUCAACGACCAGAAAACUCAGCGACUUGGGCGAGACGUACUAA